UGGCAUAUAUUCAUCUCUCAAGACAUAUUUUAUGGUAGUCCGUAUACUCAUCGCAUAUAAAUGAAUAUUCAGUUUGACCGAUCAACAUUUUACAAGAUGCCAUGAAGGCGAAUCACUGUGGUUCGGUUUCCCCAGUGGUUCCCUUAUGCAACUCUAUGCCUUUCUUCUUCUUGGCUUUUGUCCUCAUUGUCCCAACCGUUGUAGCGGGGACAAUGAAGAAAAAUAUAGGUAUUGGACAUUUAGACAGCUUCAUUAAAGAGCAGGUUCAAAACGCAACCAAGACCGCCAUAAAUUCAUAUAAUCCCGACCCUGAAUCGGUGGUCGACAAUUUCAACAAACUAGUCCACGAGUCUUUAGAAGGAACAAAUUCUACAAGAAGGAACCUAAAGGGCAAGAAAUGCAUGGCUACAAACCCGAUAGACAGAUGUUGGAGGUGCAAUAAGAAUUGGGCGAACAACCGGCAGGAUUUAGCAAAAUGUGUGCGUGGAUUUGGAGAGCAUACCACAGGUGGCAUGGGUGGCCGCUACUAUGUGGUGACGGAUUCCUCCGAUCAUGAUGUUUUGACUCCAAAGAAAGGAACCCUUCGGUAUGGAGUCAUCCAAGAUAAACCGCUUUGGAUUAUCUUUGAAAGACCUAUGGUUAUUACCCUUAAAGAAGAACUUAUGAUAAACCACGACAAGACAAUCGAUGGUAGAGGGGUUAUUGUCCACAUUGCUUAUGGCGCGGGGCUCACCAUUCAAUUUGUUCAUAAUGUCAUCAUUCAUGGGAUCCGAAUCCACCAUAUUGUGUCUAAGAAUGGUGGGUAUAUUAGGGAUUCCUUAGCUCACUUCGGAUUAAGAACGGUUAGUGAUGGCGAUGGUAUCUCCAUUUUUGGUGCUAGCAGGGUGUGGAUCGAUCAUGUCUCACUCGAUCACUGCGCCGACGGUCUAAUCGACGCCAUCAUGGCUAGCACCGCUUUAACCAUCUCCAACUGCAAAUUCAAUUAUCACAACGACGUGAUGUUGUUGGGGGCGGACGAUAAUUUUACUGGAGACGAGAUUAUGCAAGUCACAGUCGCAUUCAACAGAUUUGGUAAAGGAUUGGUUCAAAGGAUGCCUAGAUGUCGUUGGGGAUUCUUUCACGUUGUAAACAACGAUUACAACAAAUGGGAAAUGUACGCUAUAGGUGGAAGCAUGAACCCUACUAUUGUUAGUCAAGGCAACAGAUUUAGGGCAUCCGAUAAUGUCCAUGCAAAGGAGGUUACACAUCGGGAUCACUUUCCCCAAAAAGUGUGGAAACAUUGGAAGUGGCGAACAGUGAAUGACCUUUUCCUUAACGGAGCCUUUUUUGUACCAUCAGGCGACCAUUCAGAAGUAGCACAUAAACUGAAAAACUAUAUGGUUCAAGCAAAGGACGGGUCAUGCGUGGGUAGGCUCACCCGUUAUGCAGGGAUGCUCAAGUGUACGGCCGGUAGACCAUGCUAACACAGACAAAUAGACGUUUGGCAAGAAUUCAUAGUUUCAUACAUUUAAAAAUAGCUUAUGUUUUCUUCCCAAAAAAAUGUAAAUUAUUCUUUCCAAAGUUUUAUUGUUAAAUUCUUAUUUGUAGUUUUGGAGGAUCAAAAUGUUACAAAAUUGAAUAGAAAUGUAAAUUCUACAAAUCCAUGCUUUUUUUGUGUACGUAUCCUUUGAUAUUGAUAUUUUAUUUUGGGC